GAAGAAAGAAAUCCGCACCAGAUUUUAUUCGCAUGGAAUAUGCCUUGGUUUUCUUGUUUGGUGCUUCUUACGAUGACUCGAUUACCCUCUUCCUCUAACCAUCGCUUGUUAUAUUGUGUGCACGUCCAUGCUUUGGAUGCUAUUGUCAUUAUGUCUAGUGACGAGGUCAUUUUGGUCAUACAAUUCUAAACAUAUUCCGGUGAUGCCGGUGACAAACUGUACGAUGGGAAGCUCUUCGUGCUGUUUUGCCGUCUGCGCCUUCAUAUGCGUGUCUCUCCUCGUCGCCGGAGUCGAUGGCCGUGGGCUGAACCACGGUGAAGGCCAAGAAACCUUCCUUCUCCGAACGAGACCCCAGAAAUCACUCCAAUUUUCGUCAUGUUCUUCGUUCAAGAUCGCGUUGUUCGCAGAUUUGCACUACGGAGAGAAUGCUUGGACCGAUUGGGGACCUCUGCAGGAUGUCAAGUCCAAUAAGGUUAUGUCGACCAUUCUUGACGAGGAGACUCCAGACUUCGUGAUUUAUCUAGGGGAUGUCAUUACAGCGAACAAUCUACCAAUUGCGAAUGCAAGCCUGUACUGGGACCAGGCAAUCUCUCCAACAAGAGCUAGAGGUGUACCAUGGGCGACUGUAUUUGGGAACCAUGACGACGCAGCAUUUGUGUGGCCAAUUGAUUGGUUUUCAGCCAGUGGAAUUCCUCAAGUUCACUGCUCACCGGAGAAUUCUCCAUUUCCAGAAACAGAAGAGUGCAGCUUCAAAGGGACACAACGUUUGGAAUUGAUGAGGAAUGAGAUAGAAUGCAAUAUGUUGUCUUAUUCUAGUGAUGGACCGAAAGAACUUUGGCCCAGUGUUUCCAAUUAUGUACUCAAAGUCUCUUCAUCAGGUGAUCAGGAAUUACCAGUUGCAUUUCUAUACUUUCUAGAUUCUGGUGGUGGGUCCUAUCCAGAAGUGAUAUCAAGCGCCCAAGCAAGAUGGUUUCAGCAAAAAUCACAGGAGAUCAACCCUGACCUGAGGGUUCCUGAGAUGGUUUUUUGGCAUAUACCAAGUAAAGCUUACAAGAAAGUUGCUCCAAAGUUUCUAAUACACAAGCCCUGUGUUGGUUCAAUUAACAAGGAGAGAGUUGCUGCUCAAGAAGUUGAAAUGGGGGUGAUGGAAUCCCUUGUAAAUAGGUCAUCAGUCAAGGCAGUCUUUGUUGGUCAUAAUCAUGGAUUGGAUUGGUGCUGCCCCUAUGAGAAGCUUUGGUUGUGCUUUGCUCGACACACUGGUUAUGGUGGUUAUGGAAACUGGCCAAGGGGAGCAAGAAUUAUAGAGCUAACUCAAAAGCCCUUCUCAAUCAAGUCAUGGAUAAGGAUGGAGGAUGGUACCAAGCACAGUGAAGUGAUCCUGAGUUCUUGAUCUGUUUUGUCCUUGUCCCGUAUAUCCAAGAAAGAAAACAAUUUCUUAUUGUUCAAAUCUGCAUACAAUCUGUAAUUAACAUAAGCUGAAGGGUGCAGCUGUCUAUAUGUAAAUAUGUUAGUCAUCUAUGGACGUUUUUUAAGGAUCAACGGGCUUCUGUUUAGGAAAUCCUACCUUUGCCA